CCGGAAAGGAGGAGGAGAGUGCUCUGUAAUGGCUUCUCUUGUUUCUUCACCCUUCACUCUGCCAGCUUCCAAGGCUGAUCACCUUUCCUCUCUUUCUCAAAAGCACUUUUUUCUUCACUCAUUUCUUCCCAAGAAAACGAACAGCAAUCCCAACUCGAGACCUUCAUUGAAAGUAAAAUGUGUUGUUGGCAAUGGCCUUUUCACUCAAACAAGCCCAGAAGUUCGUAGAAUUGUUCCAGAGAACAAAAAUGAUCUCCCCACGGUCAAAAUUGUCUAUGUUGUCCUGGAAGCUCAGUACCAGUCAUCCCUUUCGAGUGCAGUCCAGUCCUUGAACCAGAAUUCCAGCUUUGCCUCGUUUGAAGUCGUUGGCUACUUGGUGGAGGAGCUUAGAGAUGAAAACACUUAUAAAACCUUCUGCAACGAUCUCGAGGACGCCAAUAUCUUUAUUGGGUCUUUGAUUUUCGUUGAGGAGCUCGCCCUGAAAGUGAAGGCUGCAGUGGAGAAGGAAAGGGAUAGGCUUGAUGCUGUUUUGGUGUUCCCUUCAAUGCCUGAAGUGAUGAGGCUAAACAAGUUGGGUUCUUUCAGCAUGUCACAGCUUGGUCAAUCGAAGAGUCCUUUUUUCCAGCUGUUCAAGAGAAAGAAGCAAGGAGCAGGCUUUGCUGAUAGCAUGUUGAAGCUAGUGAGGACAUUGCCUAAGGUUUUGAAAUACUUGCCUAGUGACAAGGCACAAGAUGCUAGGCUUUACAUAUUGAGUCUCCAGUUUUGGCUCGGUGGUUCACCUGAUAAUCUUCAGAAUUUCUUGAAAAUGAUUUCCGGCUCUUAUGUGCCUGCACUCAAAGGGACAAAGGUCGACUAUUCUGAUCCAGUUUUGUUCUUAGACAGUGGAAUUUGGCACCCGCUGGCUCCUUGCAUGUAUGAUGAUGUGAAGGAGUAUUUGAAUUGGUAUGGUACCAGGAGGGAUGUUGAUGAGAAGCUUAGGGGGCCUGACGCACCGAUAAUUGGAUUGGUUUUGCAAAGGAGUCACAUUGUUACUGGUGAUGAGAGCCACUAUGUAGCUGUGAUUAUGGAGUUAGAGGCAAGAGGGGCAAAAGUGAUACCGAUUUUCGCCGGUGGACUUGAUUUCUCUGGACCAGUUGAGAAGUUCUUGAUCGAUCCGGUUACCAAGAAACCAAUGGUGAACUCAGUGGUUUCGUUGACAGGCUUUGCUCUAGUUGGUGGACCGGCUAGGCAGGAUCAUCCAAGGGCCGUUGAGGCACUUAUGAAGCUUGAUGUUCCUUACAUUGUUGCACUGCCUUUGGUUUUCCAAACAACCGAGGAGUGGCUAAACAGCACUUUGGGACUACAUCCUAUUCAAGUAGCUCUCCAAGUGGCCCUUCCAGAGCUCGAUGGUGGCAUGGAACCUAUAGUUUUCGCUGGCCGUGACCCUAGAACAGGGAAAUCCCAUGCUCUUCACAAGAGGGUGGAACAGCUUUGCACUAGAGCAAUCAAGUGGGCUGAAUUGAAAAGGAAAUCAAAGACUGAAAAGAAAUUAGCAAUCACUGUCUUCAGCUUCCCUCCCGACAAAGGGAAUGUUGGCACUGCUGCCUACCUCAAUGUUUUUGCUUCCAUCUAUUCGGUUUUAAAAGACCUUCAGAAAGAUGGCUACAGUGUUGAAGGCCUUCCAGAGACUGCGGAAGCUUUAAUUGAAGAUGUAAUUCAUGACAAGGAGGCGCAAUUUAACAGCCCAAAUCUUAAUGUUGCGUAUAAGAUGAGCGUUCGCGAAUACCAGAACCUCACUCCUUAUGCUCCUGCUUUGGAAGAAAACUGGGGUAAGCCUCCUGGAAAUUUGAAUUCUGAUGGAGAGAACCUCUUGGUAUAUGGAAAGCAGUAUGGUAAUGUCUUCAUUGGAGUACAGCCCACUUUUGGUUAUGAGGGGGAUCCUAUGCGGUUACUCUUCUCGAAAUCAGCUAGCCCGCAUCAUGGAUUUGCGGCGUACUACUCCUUUGUUGAGAAGAUCUUCAAAGCUGAUGCUGUUCUUCAUUUUGGUACUCAUGGAUCCCUUGAAUUUAUGCCUGGGAAGCAGGUGGGAAUGAGUGAUGUUUGUUUCCCUGAUAGUCUUAUCGGGAACAUUCCUAAUGUUUACUAUUAUGCUGCUAAUAACCCUUCUGAAGCUACGAUAGCUAAGCGUCGUAGUUAUGCUAAUACUAUUAGCUAUCUGACUCCUCCGGCUGAAAAUGCUGGGCUUUACAAGGGACUUAAGCAACUGAGUGAGCUGAUCUCGUCAUACCAGUCCCUUAAAGACUCAGGUCGUGGGCAACAAAUAGUUAAUUCAAUCAUCAGCACGGCCAGACAAUGCAAUCUUGACAAGGAUGUAAAGCUUCCUGAAGAGGGAGAGGAAAUUUCAGCGAAAGAACGGGAUCUUGUUGUUGGAAAAGUGUAUUCCAAGAUCAUGGAGAUUGAGUCCCGGUUGUUACCCUGUGGGCUUCAUGUUAUCGGUGAGCCUCCAUCUGCUAUGGAAGCAGUUGCAACGUUGGUGAACAUUGCAGCUUUAGACCGACCUGAAGAUGGAGUUUCGUCACUGCCAGCCAUAUUAGCUGAGUCUGUUGGAAGAAACAUAGAAGAUGUGUACAGAGGGAGUGACAAAGGUAUCUUGAAGGAUGUAGAGCUUCUGCGGCAAAUUACCGACGCCUCACGUGGGGCAAUUUCUUCCUUCGUGAAGCGAACAACCAACAAGAAGGGUCAAGUUGUUGACGUGGCUGAUAAGUUAACCUCAAUACUCGGGUUUGGUAUCAACGAGCCCUGGAUUCAACACUUAUCAGAAACAAAGUUUUACCGUGCUGAUAGGGAAAAGCUUAGGGUAUUGUUUGAGUUCCUAGGGGAGUGUUUGAAGCUGGUUGUAGCUGAUAAUGAGUUGGGCAGUCUGAAACAAGCAUUAGAGGGAAAAUACGUUGAACCUGGGCCUGGUGGCGAUCCUAUUCGAAACCCGAAAGUGUUGCCAACUGGAAAGAACAUUCAUGCAUUGGAUCCACAAGCUAUUCCAACAACAGCUGCAUUGCAGAGUGCAAAAGUUGUGGUAGAUAGGUUGGUUGAAAGGCAAAAGGUUGACAAUGGAGGAAAAUAUCCAGAGACAAUUGCACUUGUAUUAUGGGGAACAGAUAAUAUCAAAACUUACGGCGAGUCACUCGCUCAGGUAUUGUGGAUGAUUGGAGUAAGGCCAGUGGCUGAUACAUUAGGUCGAGUCAACAGAGUUGAGCCAGUUAGCCUUGAAGAGCUUGGCAGACCCAGGAUUGACGUUGUUGUUAACUGCUCCGGCGUCUUCAGAGAUCUAUUCAUUAAUCAGAUGAACCUCCUUGACCGAGCCGUGAAGAUGGUAGCUGAAUUAGAUGAACCAGUGGAGCAGAACUACGUACGGAAGCACGCAUUAGAGCAAGCCAAAGCCUUGGGUAUCGAGGUUAGAGAAGCUGCAACAAGGGUCUUCUCCAACGCUUCAGGAUCUUACUCUUCCAAUGUCAACCUUGCUGUUGAGAACUCCACAUGGAAUGAUGAGAAACAGCUCCAAGAUAUGUACCUGAGCAGGAAAUCAUUUGCUUUCGACUGUGAUGCCCCGGGUGCAGGCAUGACCGAGAAAAGGAAAGUCUUUGAGAUGGCGCUAAGCACAGCUGAUGCCACUUUCCAGAAUCUCGAUUCCUCAGAAAUUUCACUUACUGAUGUGAGCCAUUACUUCGAUUCUGAUCCAACGAAUCUAGUACAAAACCUAAGGAAGGAUGGAAAGAAGCCAAGUGCAUAUAUUGCAGACACCACCACUGCAAACGCCCAGGUUCGAACUCUGUCUGAAACCGUGCGACUAGAUGCACGAACCAAGUUGUUGAACCCGAAGUGGUACGAAGGAAUGAUGUCCAGUGGAUAUGAAGGAGUUCGCGAGAUCGAGAAGCGCCUUACUAAUACUGUAGGGUGGAGUGCGACUUCAGGACAAGUGGACAACUGGGUAUACGAGGAGGCUAAUUCGACUUUCAUUCAAGACGAGAACAUGCUGAACAGGCUGAUGAGCACCAAUCCAAACUCAUUCAGGAAGUUGGUGCAAACAUUCUUGGAGGCCAAUGGACGUGGUUACUGGGAAACUUCAGAGGAGAAUAUCGACAAGUUGAGGCAGUUGUAUUCUGAAGUUGAAGACAAGAUAGAAGGCAUCGAUCGAUGAACUAUAAACCGAAAA